AUUCCAUCGACAUUAGAUAUGUAAAAAAUUGAACAAGAAAGUAUACACGUAGUGUAAGUGGAUGAAUGUCCUUGGACGUCUAUGUAAUGCAACCAAACUCUGAAGAGGGAAAAUAAAAUAGGAAAAGAGAAAAAGCCUUGCGAGCAGAGACCGCCCGGGACCCUGUGCAAUAAUGAUAACCUCCACCCAACCACUCCCAAUCCAACCCCUCAAUCACCCCCCAACAAGCUGCUGAAACAACAAAUACGAAAUGCCCUCACAAAGCAUCUCAAUUUUCUCCGCCAUAGCCGCAAACUUGAACUUAUUCCCAUACCUCUCCAAUCCCUGCUGAUGCCUCUCCAACCUCUUCACAGCAUCUCCCAAACUCCUUCCUUCUUCCAUCCCCUUCCCCUUCACGAACCCAAACAACCUGCCCCCGAUCCCACAUCCACGCCUGCACACCACAGCUCUCCUCAACCCUCCUCACAGACUCCUUCACCACGCCAGAAACCGAGGUGCUUGACCACGUCCAUGAGCGCGACGUAUAUCUCGCUGUGGACCACCCAAUCGCGCUCUGCGCCAAGUGUGUGGGAUAGGAAAGCGUGCAUCACCGACGGGAGACGACGAUUCGGUUUCAGACGCAGAGGAAAGGGAAGCGGCUUGAACAAGCCAACUCAAUACGUUCUCAACGUACCCACCAACACCCCCUCAAACGCCCUCGUCCUCUUAUCCGUACGCGAAAUCACCACAUUGAUAAACUCCCGCGUUGGCGAAUUCGCAACGAACCCCGCGUAUUCCUUAUCGAAGCUGCACAGCACUUCGAAUAAAGCAAUGGCGCAGAUGGACGGGCAGCAAGUCCGCACUGAGCAUGACUGGCCGCCGGAGCAGUUGGGUGGACACCGCGUGGGUUUGAAGCAUCCCCUGCAGUGGUUUGUGUUGCAAGAUGUGCAGGGGAGGUGGAGGAGGCGGGGGGAGAAGGGUUCGGCUGCCUGUGUGAAAGGUUCGUGCUCUGGCGAAAUGUUUUGUGCCCUAGAACGCGUAGCCGGACGCGUUGUGGGCGUUACUAGUGGUGUAGGUGUCAUCGUCAAGCCGAGACGAAGGUCCCGCGCGGAGGCUGACAUCUUUUCUUCUAUAGGUCGUGAUUUCGUUGUUGGUGCCGAAGGUUACUGCGGAAUGAUGGAGGGCGUCAUGCAAUGGGUAUCUUGUCCUGGUUGUGUUGGGGAGAAUGAGGAUGGGUCUGGCGGUGAAGCUGAGACGGAAGGUGCGCGUGCACGCCGGGAAGAAGAGCUCGCAAUGGCCCCAGUCCCUCCAGAAGGCUUUCGGGAAUGUGUACGUGAGAGCGGGGAAGUCGAGGGGAACAUUGAUGGUGGGGAUGAUGAUGGAGUCCCAAACCUCGGAUCAGCGUCGUUCCGGAUGAACGGGGUCUUCGUGACCUGCGUGGAGAGCUCUUGGCGACGCAUCGUCCGUCCUUCACCAGUCAAUAUUCAAUCGCCAUCCUCUGACGUCAAGCCAGGAUCCGAAAACGUUGGACACGAGUCCGAAAAUCAUAGAUAG